CCCGCUCGGCGCUUCACAUCCAAUGGAUCGGAGCGCGUCUGCUGCACGGAUCAGCAAUGUCUCGGAGAAAAUGGAGAUUUUCGAUCAGGAUGCUGGGGUAUCGUGUCUGUGACCUCACUGAUCGUUUUUUUUCACGUUACGUUAACUUGGCUGCCUACCUAGGUAUGUACAGGAAUUCGCCUUCUUUCUCAACAGUGGACAAUUUUCUAGUCAACGAGUUUGGUACAUCCUCAAAUCUUUUAGUAUGCAAUCGCGUGUCAUGGCAGCUUUGCUUCAGUCACGGUAAGAAAGCACAGCCUAUAAAGAGUAUGCGGUGCGGGAGCAAGUAA